AUGCGAGCCCCCACACCUGCUAGCACCGGCGCACCUGUUGCGAAUUGUUGCCACACGCUCCUGCACCUGUGCCUGUGCUCGGAGGGUGCGUCCGACUCGGAGGUGAAUUCGACCGAAAUCUCGACAGACUCGGAGUUCGACGACGAGCAGCCACAUCGCAUCCCGCCCGCUUUUCAUCUCGAGUUCAAACCCCUGGUGGAAGUCGAUCCAACGAUCAAGCUGGUGCAGAACCGAGCGCCACUGGCCGUUCCUCGGCCUGGUGACUAUGUCCUGAGCAAGACCGCUAGCACGGAAGGUAUCGCAUCGAAGAAGAGCCUGGAGCUGAAGAAGAAGUACCUGCUGGGCGAGGGCACGACGGGGCUGGGCAUCCUAAAGUCCGGCUCUGCAUCGGCGCUUGAUUCCAAAUUUAAAUCGUUCCACUCGAACAUAACCGAGUGCCAAAAGCUGCUGAAUCCGGCGACCAUGAUAAGCCCGACAAUGCAGACUUUCUUGAAAGGCAGCCAGAUAUCUCCAGCACCUGCGGCCAUUCGGGCAAGCGAGGAGUUGCCCGUGUCUGCAACGGUACCCACGCCUGAGGUGGGCAAUGAUACGGAAAAGGAGAACGUGUACGAGGGUAACAGAACCGCCAACGGUAGCACAAGCAACAACCCUGCACUGGCCGGUACCAAGCGGUCGUCCCUGGUGGAAACCAUCAACGCUACGCUGGUGGAAAACAAAUUGAACGAGAUUAAAUCGAACGAAAGCUUCCUGCCGGCGGCAAAAGAGGAAUCACAAGCGGCACAGUCCUUGGAGCGGCAAUCGCAAUCGCAGAAUGUUUCACCACUGGCGAAGUCUAAACAACAGCAGAACGAAAGUAACGGCCUUACGGAUCGUUCGAACAAAAUUAGCAACAAUAAUAUGAACAGCAAGAAUAAUAUCAUCAACAACAAUAAUGAUGAUGACGAUGUGAUGGAAAUAAUCGAUCUUGUAACGCCGGAAAAGGUGAAGGAAUCGUCCCCGACCCAUCGGGAUGGUUUGGCGAAGGAAAAGAGCGCACCGGAGAUGAAGUACAUCACGAACAUGAAGCAUGCGUACAUCGACCUGACAACAGACUCCCCUAACUGUGAUCGCUCGCUAGUUGAAACAACGCUUGAUUUCAGCAUUACACCAGCGAAAAUAAACGGCGAACGUCCGACUGAUGCGACUUCCGUGCCGGACAUCAUAAGCAGCAUCCGGAUUGACAGCAAUGAGAACAAGAUCGAGCCGCACGUGACGAACGGUGGCACGGAGAAGCCGAAGGUGUCCGGUGAGUCACCUCAGGGACCCCAGCAGGGAGAAGACGGAUGUCAUGAGACUACGCUACAGGUGCCUAAUGUGCCCUGGUCCAAAGAAGAAGAGGAAGAGAUCGAAUCCGAUAGUAUCUCUGAGUCGGGAUCGAACAGUAGCGCUAGCAGUAGCUCGAGCACCAGUUCCACCAGUAGCAGCAGCACGUCUAGUGUCGAGGAUAUACCGCACUUCAUUCUUGACUCUACCACUAGUCCGGAAACGCAGAAUGACGAGCGGUUUGUGCCUCGGUUGGAGGUUCGGGACGCCACCGGGGAGCUGAUGCAGAUAGAUAGUUUGAUGAUCAUCGACGGGCGGUACAUCGGUGAUCCGGAGGAUCUAAAGUUGAUGGAGAAGCUACCACCUGACACGCAGAUAGCAGCACAGAUGCUGCAGGCAGAGAUGAAUCAGGAUAGCAUUAGCACCGUUAUUGAGAAUGCACCGGCUCAUGUCGACAGUGACGAAGAAGAUGGCAGGAAUCGAGACGCCGGUGUUAAGACACCAGUUGCCGAAACGAAACCCGACGAAGAGGAUGAGGAGCGGAUUAGUACACCGACACCUCCGGCGAAUGUCGACGGUGAUGAUAAACACGUUUUGCCUGCAUCACCCAUCCGGACGUCAGGAGGUGAUCCAAUUUCGCCGUUGGCAGAUUUCGUUUGCAGGCGAAAUCCUUGCUUUAAGUUUGAUUCUCGCAACGAGAAUAAAAUCGAUACGCUCAAAAAUUUACCCUUCGUGCUGGAUGUUGAUCAGCGAGGAUCGGUAUCGAAACCGAAACAUCUAAGCCUGACGCAGCACAAACCCGCAGAGCUAGAGACGGAUGCUGAGCGAACACCUAUGGCCGGUGAGGUACCCGCGACACCGCAGCUGAAAUCACCGAUUACGGCAAGUGUGCCUCACGACGCUGACUCGGAUUCGCAGGACGAUACGGAAGUGACGACGCACAACAACCUUACCGAAACGGAACUCUCCGACUGGGCGGCGGAUGAUGCGGUGUCGGAGAACUUUGUCGAUAUCGAAUUCGCGCUCAAUUCGAACAAGGGCACAAUACGCAGGAAUCACAAACCUAAGCACACACGGUUGCAGCAAAAGAAGCUACCGAACGGUAACGGUUCGGCAGCGCAAAGAGCUGCUACUGUCCCGGCACCGUUCGUAGUUCCGGUUCCGCCAGUGAGAACCAACACCGGUGCGACAGAAGACGGCAUUAUACGCAACCUGGCUCUUGAGGAUAUUGAAUUCAUGGACACGGGCUCGGAAGAGGAGAGUUGCAUCGAAACGUACUCUACCACCAACCGGAUGAUGCUUAAAAAUCGCGGCUAUGUCGAGAUCAUGGACCCAACCGCGGAAUCCAAACGCACCAACUAUCCGCUAACGCCGCUUAACCACGCAUACUCUUCCGGCCAACCGAAGCUGGUCGAAGCGAUCAACAAGCAGGUUGCCGGCAGGGUGGAUUACAUCGAACAGGGUGCGUUUCUACUGGCCGCCGAUGACGCCAAAACGCCAAUGAACGAAGAACCACCGGCAAAGAUUACCUUCUCUUCGCUAGCGGCGGCUCAAAACGCGAGGCUCACAGAACCAGCGGUCUCGGUAGAGAGUGCUCCUGACAUUGAAGAGGACAGCCUGUUGAUUGUAAGCUCCUCGCAGGGUACGGCCACUGGCACGACGACGAACAGUACGGCCACGACCGAGGAGAGUGAAGCCUUGACUAUGGUAGCCCCAUUGGGCGGAAGUGGACCCGGUUCGGAAACGAGCCUCGUCGCCAAACCUAGUGGCAGCAGUGGACGAGCAAGUGUCACCUCAUUCAGCUCAUCACUCCGCUGUGGUGCGAUCAAUGGCAACGGCUCGCAGGAACAAGAAAGCACUCCAAAGACAGGCAGCCGCCCGGGUGAAGAAAGCCCGAUCCGCAAGGUGUCGGUGGAGUCGUCCUCUGGCAAAAGGAGCAGCCUCGAACGAAAGGACGCCCGCAAGGACUCGCUCAAAAGCAUCGAGGACAUCGGGUACGAGAAGUACGUGAAGCGAUUGCAGCAGAAAAUUCAGCAGAUCAGCAACGCGCGAGAUUCGCUGGAGGUGAAGAAAACCAAGCGGAAAUCCUCCAAAGGCGAGAUGGUGCUAACACUGGCCCAAGCUGGGCUCGACGCGGAUGAGCAGGAAACCGAUGGUGCUACACCAACGAUUCCUGACGGUGGUGUUUCGCUGGAAACGUUAGAACCACAUGGUAGCCGAUACGGAACCGAAACACCCCGAUUGGGUACAUCACCCGGUCCCACGCUCGAACCACCCAAGAGCGUGGAGAAGAAGAUCGAAGAGAUCACGAAGGAGCGCGUUAAGCAGAAGGAUAUUAUACACGAUCUAGUCAUGGACAAGCUGCAAACGAAGAAGCAACUGAACGCGGAGAAGCGCCUCAACCGCAGUCGUAACCGUAGCAGCGUGUUAGUUGGUCAGGCCGCGACUUCAAAUGGUGCCCACGGGUCAGUUGGCCCUGCAGAAGACGGUGUGGGUUCAUCUCCUGCCAGGAUUACCACCAGGGAUCCGCGAGCAGUGCCACUCUCCAGCUUCCGUUCGGGUAGUGCCGGUUCGUCGAUGGAGAAAGAACGCACACCGCUAACUGUUAGCAAUCAGUCCAAUAUGUACGGCAGUGUGUCGUCCGUGCGAGGCCUUCCGUCAGGCCUACCGAUGGGUGUUAAGAUGCCGCUGGUCACCAGCGAUGCAUAUAAGGAAAACAUCGCUAGCUUGCAACAAGAUCACAGCACCAUCUACACGUCAACGCCCGCCUAUUUCCAGCAACAGCAACCUUCGAUGGUAACACCCCGCACUGUGCUAAUGGAUCCGGAGCAGCAGCCACCGACUACCGAACAGCUACGUGAGGAAGCCCGCUCCCGGGCUCGGCUGAAAUCGAACCAGGAUCUCGGUCUCUCACCCGAGGAUCGGUUGCUGUUGAUACGCAAAAAGUACCACAAGGCGCUGCGUGGCCUCACAGAUGACGACGACGUGGACGGAGAACCGAACCGGUCCGAUGACGCCAAGUGCAAGGAGCAGCUGCGUACGAAGCUCAUCACCUCCAAGAGUGUCAACGAUGUGUCGAUGUUGAAAUUACAGCAGCAGCCACAACACCAAUCGCAACAGCUAUAUCAAUUGUAUCAGGAGCAUCAUAACCAUCAUCUGGAUGGUCUGACAGGCGCAGAUCCGAUGGCACAGACCGUCGAGCUUCAGCAUCAUUCGGCCAAAAAGCUGAGUGACUACAUCUCCGAUCCAAACAUCGUCCAUAGCGGUGCCUGCGAGCAGGAUGCGGGAACCGAGGUUCGGCUGCGUACCCGGGGCAAGCGCAAGGAUCGCGAACGUCGCAAGAGCAUCAUCGAGAAGGUGUCGGAGUUCUUUAACGGGCGCAAGAAGGCAGACAGCAGCAAAGAGGCGUCACCUACCAAGGAUCGACCGAGUCAGCUGGGCAGCUCCAAUGGUGGCCCAUCCGAUCCGGCUACUGCCAGUUCGUCCAGUACCGGUGGAGGUGGCUUCUUGCGGUUUAAAAUUUCACCAAAGCUUAAGGAUAAAUCGAAGUCAUGCUUUGAUAUGAGGAACAUUAGUUGUGGCACGAAGGAAGGAUCCCCAUAUGGUCGAUGUGCGUCCGACGACUACCUGAACAGCAACGCAUCGAACGGUUCGCCAUCAGCGAACUCGUCACCUCCGAUGGCUCCGGCAAAGGAGUCGCACCAGUACAACCGCUACACACCGAUCGGUCGCAAAGAGGCAGAAGAACUGGAACCACCUCCGAUUCCACCGCUACCGCUUCACUACCAACGGUCCGAUGAUGAAGGUGCUGCCGCCAACGAAUCGAAAAACGAGCUGAAAAAACAGCGUGCAAUGUCGAAAACAUCGAGACAAGCGGAAUUGAAAAGACUGAGAAUUGCUCAAGAAAUACAACGAGAACAGGAAGAAAUCGACGUGAAGAUCAAAGAUCUGGAAACGCGUGGUGUUGAAAUCGAGAAGGAGCUUCGAGGCGAGAGUGAAACUCUCCGUAAGGGCACCGGCAAUCCAGGCGCCAACGACGACGGGCUGGUGAAGGAACUGCUUGAGAUCAUGAACAGUGUGACGCAGCUGAAGGUGCGGGACCAAGAGCUCAGCAUCCGGCAGCAGGAACUACAGCUUGAACAUCGCCACGCGCAGCUAAAGGAGGAGCUCAACAUGCGGUUGUCAUUCGGCAAGCUAGAUAAGAACUCCUCCGACGUUGCCGCCGAAGGUGCGAUCCUGAACGAGAUGCUGGAAAUCGUCGCCAAGCGGCAAGCGCUGAGGCCCUCGCCGGAUGCCAAAGCGGCCACGUCCCCGGUCGGGCGGGCCGGUGGACACGAUACCGACCAUGUUGGUUGUAGGUUAGGAUACCACGUAUCAUCCCCAAGACACCGGUAG